UAAUCAGGAACCUUGGCAUAGGUGCUGCUAAUACAGCUGCUCGUGUUGGAGGGGUGCUGGCGCCGAUUGUGCUCAACAUGGACAAUGAGGAAGAGGUUGUUCACGGCUACAUUGUGGUGGGUAUCCUGAUGGGAGUUUCGGCCUUCACGUUGUUGUUGUUGAAGGAAACUAAAGGUCAAGACCUUAGAGACAGCAUGACCUCUGUUGAGGUCGACAACAGAAUUGUCAAUGAGCCAUCAAGCCGGACAUCCAGUCUGGAUGAUGAUGCCCCACCGAUGACAGAGGAGCCAUCAUGGUCAGGUUCUAGGACGGAUGCUGCUAGUGCUGUUAUAUCGAGGACAGGAGAGCCGGCAAAACCUUUGACCCCGACCUCAUAUGAAGCCAAGGAGGAGGUGGAGGUGAAGGUCGAAUAUUAAGAAGUAGUUCGUGUUCGUCUAAGUAUGAACCUUUGUGUUUGUGUGUGUGAAACAACAAAUUUCACACUGCCACCUUCAUGUACGACCUGUUGCGCAUGUAGUGUAUGAAAGUCAUCAAAGGGAUAAAUUACAAAGGACAAAUUAAACUUAUGUUGGCGUUGCCUGAUGACAAAACAAAAACUAAUUCUAUUUAAAUUUCUUCAUCUAUUUAGUAUAUUGUUUGUUUAUAACGAAAAGAUUUUUAAUCUCAUGUUUUUGUAGCUUUCAUUCCAGUGACAGGAGAUUUUGAAUCUGUUGAUCAAGCUCUUUUAAACAGAAGUGUGAUAUAUAUAUAUAUGUAUAUUGUAUAAGAAAACAUUCAAACAAACGAUCAAACAAAGCUGAUAAAUAAUAAAAUAUUUAAUCUGUAAGAAAUUAUUUGUAACUUGCCGUAUAUAUCACUGUUGUGAACUGCAUGUUUAUUCCGGUAAAUAUUUGUUUAUAAACCGCUUGAACCUGUCCUUUCAUGACAACUGCAUGCCGUAAGGGUGUUGUGCUGCGAUUGAGUUGAAAGGUCACGAAGAGAAAAUACAGAGGCACGCG